AUGCCCUCUUCCGUGCUUCCACUUCCCGUCGUCAACAACUCCAGCAAGAUCCAAUUGAUUCGAAUCGGCCAUGUCUACCACGGACAUCCAGAUCUUCGCAAAUUCCAGGCAUUCGCUCGAGACUUCGGCUUUGAAGAAGUAGCGGAAGUCGACGGCAAGAUAUACUAUAGAGGCUACGGAAAGGAUCCUUACAUCUACGUUGCGUCGAAGAGUGGCUCCGAGAAGGAAUUUGGAGGCGGCGCUUUCAUUGCGAAGACCCAGGAAGACUUUGAGAAGGCUGCAGCGCUUGAAAAUGCGGUUGUGUCGGACAUUAGCAAAGCUCCAGGUGGUGGUAAGAUGAUCUCAAUUCCUAUACCAUCUGGGAACAAGAUUCACAUCGCCUUCGGCCAGGAAGAGAGGGAGGCGGCGAAGACUGCAGUUUCGAAAACCGAAGUCCACAAGGGUGCCUUUAACACAAGUUUGGAGAAAUCGAGGAAAGGCGAGUUUCAACGUUUCAAGCCUGGUCCUGCAAUGAUCCACAAACUCGGACAUUUCGGCUUCAUCUCCAAGAAGUGGGACGAGGACGUCGCAUUCUACACGGAGAAGUUCAAUUUCGUCCCCUCAGAUGUUCUCCACGCUCCCGGCAACUCUGAUAUGGACGUGAUGACAUUCCUACAUCUCGAUCUUGGAGAGGAGUACACCGAUCAUCACACUCUAUUUGUUGCCCGUGCACCGCCCGACAUGCCGGCUACCAUGAUGCAUCACACCUCAUUCGAAGUCGACGAUUUCGAUACCCAGCUUCUCGGUCACGAGCAUUUGCUGAGCAAGGGUUACACAUUGGUCUGGGGUGUAGGAAGACAUGUUUUGGGCUCGCAAAUCUUUGAUUAUUGGAAGGAUCCGAGUGGCUUUACUAUUGAGCAUUAUGCAGAUGGCGAUUUGGUCAACGUUCAUACAAAGGCGUUGAGGCAAGAAGAUCAGGGUCCGAAUACUUUAUCGGUGUGGGGGCCGAAUCUGCCUGAGGUGUUCUGA